AAGUAUGGGAGAUAUCACAAACUUACUUAUUGGUAUCAAUUUGAAAUUGAAUUGUGAUUUCAGAAGCAGUCAUGAUGAAAAAGUUAAAAACUAAUUGGAUAAUAAUUUUUAAUGUUGAAAAACAGUCGAAAACUGAACAUAAACAUUUGAAUAAUCUAUGACAUAUUCGAUCAACGCUGUGAAACUUCAAAUAUAGAGGUUAGAAUUGUUUGAAAAUGAAAAUAUUGUUUAUAUGGAAAUUUAUACGUUAAGAUGAAGUGAAACAAAAUAUUCCAGAAAUUCAUGAAUGAAAAUUUCUAUAACAAUUUUUGGAAAGGUUGAGUGAUAAUAAAAAUGAAGAGGAAACGUAGAGAUUUGUGUCACUCGCCACUUCUAGAUGAAGUACCUAAGCGUACUAAAGUCCAUGCUCAAAGAAAAUUUGCCCAAGGUUCAAAUGUUAAUAGUCCAGUUAUAACUCCAGUGAAGGAAUUUGAAAGAACUGAUAGAUCUACUUUGGAUCAUACCCCAGAACCUGUAGAGCUUCUUCCAAUACGUAGACAAAAUACUGAAGAUUUUUUGACUUUCUUAUGUUUUCGUGGGACUCCAAUACUACCACCUAAUCUUAACUUUUUCAAUACAGCUUCUAUUGUUGAUACUAAUGGUCAAAUUCAUGAAAUUAAAAGUGAAUCUCCUAAAAAUGGGCCUAUUGAUACUUCAGUCAUUCCCAAAAGUGGAAAUGGUUCAUCUGAUAGACCUUUUAUAGCAUUUGGUGUUAGGAAGAGAGCUGAUCCUAUUGUUAUAAGCAAACAAAUGGAAAGAAAAAGAAGGCAUGCACUUGCUCUUCAAGCUUUGAGGAGAAAAUAUCAAGAACAAAAAAUGGCUAAAAUAAGAGCAGUUACAAUCAGUAAAUUAUCUGAAAAACCAUCUAAUAGAGCCAUUGCCAGAUCUAACAACCUGUUGAAAUUAGAAAAAGCUCCUCAAUCAAUUACAACAACUAAACCAGUUAGCCAAAAAAACAAAGUAAAAAUUAUUUCUUCUAAAACUAUUAAUUCACAGACCAUCAGAAAUAUAAAUACUAAAGUAAAACCUCGAAUGUGUUUACGCAGUUUUAGAGGUAGAUUUAUACAACAAGAAUUGCCAUUCAGAGCAGUGAAAAAAAAUAAAAUACCGGAAAAAAAAGGAGUACAAUCUGUAAUCAAUAAAAAGAUUGAAUUAAAAAAGAAUCUAAGAACUCCAGUGAAAGUUAUUUCUAAAAAAGAAAAUUCUGCAGCAAAAAAAGUACAAAGUAAUGUUAAAAAGAAUACAAAAAAAAUUAAAACAGAAAAUAACAAGGAGGCUAGAGUUACAAGAUCAAGUAAUGUUCCAUUAAAGACUAAAUUGAAUGGCAAGAAGGUUAUCAAGAGGAGAAUAUUGAUACCGAGUGCUUCCUUGGUUAAAUCACGUGUUUUGAGAUCUCAAACAGUGAAAAUUAAUAAAACAUCACAGGCACGGUUGACUAGAAAGUGUAUAAAUCAGGAUGUUUUAAAUGCGAAAAAAUCUUCAGAGAAAACAGAACAGAAAUUCAAACAAUCAAAGAAAACAAAAGAAAUAGCACAUCAAACUAGUCAUUUGAAAAGAAGUGAAAAAUCAAGUGCAGCUGUCUCCAAUUCAGAAGAACAAAUUAAAAAUGACAAAUUAUUGAAAACGGUAAAACUGUCUGCUAGAGUUCUUAGGAACGAUGUAAGCAAUUCUAUUUCUAAAAAUAGUUCCAAUAAAUCUGAAUCCAGCAAAAUAGAUGAUAUUUCUAUUAAAAAAGAAUCUGUUAAUUUGAAACUCACAAGAGCAACAAAGACUGAAAAUUUAAAAGACAAGAAAACUUUAGAUAAAUCAAGAAAAAUUGAUAAUAAAGUUGACACUGAAAGUACAAACAUGUUGGUAAUUAAAACUGAGGAAAAUGUUUGUAAAAAAUUGGGUAUUAAAAAGAACAUUGCAUCCCAUAAAAGUAGUGUUGAUAAAUCAAACAUAAACACCACUAUUAAGUUGAAGCCAUUUGAAAAUGAACCGAAAUCUUCACAAAGACCUUCUCGUAAAACUAAAGAAGCUGCUGCAAUUUAUAUGGAAAUUUUGAGUCAUAAAUUGGUACAUGAAAAUAAAAAAGAUGAUGAUACAAUUUCAAUUGAUAGCUUUCCUGAACUUCCAAAUGUUAAAAAAACUGAACAAAGAGAGAUUGAACUCAAAGCCAAAGCAAAUAUAACAAAAACUGAGAAGUUAAAUAACAGACUUAUUGAAAUACCCAAUACAAGUAGUUCUUUGGAUGAGGAGAAAGUGGAAAAUAAUCCAAUGCAAACAAUAACAAGCACUGAAAUUGGUUUAAUUGUGAAUACUGAAAUAAAAAAGUCUACAUUAGAGCAACUAACAGUAACGGACAAAAUACUAGAACAAGUUGAAAAUAUCCCAUCUCAAAAUUGUAAUGAGAAAUUACCAAUAACAAAAGAACACAAAGGGAAAAAUGAUAAAAAACGGGAACCAUCAGAAAUAAAAUUACUGAACGAACAAGGGCGUUUCAAAAAAUCUAAAUUUGAAACCAAUGUAAUUAAUUAUGAAAAAGACAUUAAGGAUGAAGAUUUCCAGGUUAGAGACCCUCAAGUAGUGAUAACGAGUGCUAAAAAGGAAAUCUUAAAAGAAGUGAAUGAUGAAGGUAGAGAAAAAAAUGAUAAGAUAAAAGAUGCAUUGUACUUGAACAUGGAUAUUCAUACAGAACAAAAUAAAAGUAAAUUAAAAAUAAAUGCUGACUCAACUAAGUGUGAUAUGAUGAAGACUGAACUGGAAAGAACAGGAAGGGAAACAAGAAGGCUGAGGGUCACUGAAAAACAGUAUACUGCAGCUAAAAAUAUUAAAAAAGAGAGGUGUAAUUCAGUAGAAAGAAAUAUUUCAUCCAAGAGCAAUACCACAUUUGAACAGAAAAUUUAUAAAAAACUAAAUUCCAAGGAUUCAUCAGACUCUGAUGAAUGUUUGGCAAAUAUUCCCAGAAUGACUAAAACAAGUAGUGAUUUAAGAAACAAAUUGCAUCAUACUAAACAAAAUUUAACAGAGAAAAAGGAUCAGAUGAAACCAAUUGAAAAUAUUUCCUCAGAUUCUGAAAAUGAAUGCUUGGCAAAGAUACGAACAAUUAAAGAUGUUAAAAUAAAUGACAUUGUAGAUGGAAGACAAACAAGACGUUGUGACCAACAAAACAAACACAUUGACUAUGAUGGCUCAGAAGACUCAUUUCAUCUGAAUGUAAAAAUUCCUAGAAAAAAAUUACUAACUCGUAGUAAGUCUUCCAAAGUUUCCUCCAAUUCAAAGACUAAAUCUAAUUUAGAUGUAUCCAGUGCCCAGUCUUAUGUGUCUUCAACGUCGUCAAAAAACAUGUCUGUCAAAUGUACAAACAACACAAAACAAUUAAAAAUGGAUGUUGACUUCAGUGAUUCAGAUGAAGAACCUCUUUCAAAACUCACAAUUAACAAACAAACCAAUAAAAACUCUACAGAAGAAUUGAAAGAGGUUAUAUUAAGGAAACAAAAAGCCUUAAUAGAAUCCCUGCCAAAAAAUAAGGGCAAAAAAUGUUUGAAGCAUAAAGAAAAAGAGCUCUCUAAUAAAGAAAAGUCUGAAGAACCACCAACUAAGCAAAAACGAGAAUGUGCCAAAAUACCCUCUAAUUAUCUUCCAAUGUUUUCGUCUUCUGAUGAUGAAGAAAAGUUUUUCCAUGGCUUUUCACCUAAAAUAGAGAAAAAGAAAGAAAGUAUUUAUUCACAUUCAUCGUUGGAUUUUUUAUCCAAAGAUUUGGGGAGACGUUUUGGUAAAGAAAAAGUAAAUAUGUCUAAUGAGCAAAUUGAAAAAUGGCUCAAAGACUCCGCUAUGGCUGGAGACGCGAACAAGAAAAACGAGGAAUUAAAAUAUUGUGAAGAAAUUCCUUUAGAAACGUCCCUCAAUAAGUUUGACUCAAUCAAUACUGAACAGUUAAAGAAUUCUGUAUCAGAACCAGCUGCUUCUACAGAUAGCAAGGAAAUAACUCCAGAGAAAAAAAGUCAUACUUGUAAUGAAAAUUUGAAAUCGCCAAUGUACAAAUCCCCAGAUAGAAAACCAAUAUUCAGAAAGGAGAAAGCAAAGGUGGCUCCAACUGUAGGAGCUUUUUCUGUCAAUAAUGAAAGCAGUAUUUAUGCUUUUGAAGAAGAAAUAGAAGAAGCUGUUAGUACACCUUUUAGAAGACCAUCUAGAAGACCUUCAUCAACUGCCACCUCUAAAUCAGAAGAUGAACUAGUCAAGAAUGAAGAUCAAUUGAAAUUUGGCCAGUUUCGAAAACCAACUUUGAAAAAUGAAAUAAACAAAACAGAAGAACAAAAAUUGAAAGACACAGAAACAAUCUUAAAACAAAGUCAAGCAGUUAGUAAUCAAAAAGUUACCCAGAAAACAAGUAUGACCAGAAAUAUUUUAGGAAAAACAAUUAAAAGAAGUAAUUCAGAGCAAUUUGAUGAUUUCAAAUACAAAAUUCCAAGUUCACCUAGUGCUAGUUCAUCAUCAAGCGCUAAAUUGUACAAAAAACAAAAUAAAAACAAAUCAAAAGCUAUUGAAAUUUGCAAUCCAGUCAAUAUGACUGAUUUUCCUUGCAAUGGACCAGGAGAACUGGUAGAAGCACCCACUUUUUACCCAACCGAAAAAGAAUUUCAGGAUCCUUUGGAGUAUAUUGAAAAAAUAGGAAAUAGAGCUGAACAGUUUGGAAUUUGUAAGAUAGUUCCACCAAACACUUUUAAACCUGAAUGUAAAGUCAGUGAUGAUAUGAGGUUUACAUCUUAUAAUCAGUAUGUUCAAAAAAUGUUACAUAGAUGGGGACCCAACUUCAAGGAAUUGAUGGCCAUCAAGAAAUAUCUUCAAACUCAAAAUAUCAAUUUGAAGCAGGCUCCAUGGAUCGGAGGUAUGGAAGUUGACUUGCCUAGGCUCUACCAGACAGUUCAAAGUUUGGGAGGUUUAAAAGAAGUGAUAGAAAAAGAAAAAUGGUCAAAGGUUUCUGACAUCAUGAGGAUACCAAAGUCGGCACAGGAUAGAGUGACAAAGUUAGAUGAUAUUUAUUGUAAAUACCUACUUCCAUAUGAUACUCUUUCUCCAAAAGAAAGAGAUAAAUUAUUAGAUGAUGUUGAAACUGCUUGGGCCAAGAGGGAAUCGAAGGCUCUGUCCAAAAUGCAAAAGUCAGACAGUGUCGAGGCGGAGAAUGAAUCGGAUUCAGAAUCUGAUGAUGAAGUGGACGAAUGCAUCACUAAAGGUCGUAAUAUGGCUCUAAAUGCUUUUUACAGAAUUGCGAGAAACACUUUGAGUAUGUAUUUCAAAAGUUCCGAACCUUCAGUUCAAGAUAUUGAGCAAGAGUUUUGGAAGCAUGUUGUUCACAGAGAAAACCAUAUAUGUGUACACUCAGGUUCAAUAGAUUCUGGGAGUUAUGGAUAUGGUUUUGCUGUUUCCAAAAACAGUCCUUUUGCUAGACAUGCUUGGAAUUUGAAAGUUUUAACAAAUAAUAGUGGAUCUCUUUUGAGAUCUCUUGGACCCAUCAUGGGUGUAACUGUACCCACGUUGCAUGUUGGUAUGGUUUUCAGUGCAUGUUGUUGGUACAGAGACCCCCACAGUUUGCCCUGGAUUGAAUAUCUACAUACUGGAGGCAGUAAAAUUUGGUAUGGUAUACCAAAUUCAGUUGGGGAUAAUUUUCAGAAGGCUCUUACAAAAUUGGUACCGAAUUAUUGUAGAAAUCAAGGAAUUUGGUUGCCUUCAGAUACUGUUAUGCUACCACCUAGUCUCCUCAUAGAAUCAGGAGUUUCUUUGUGCAGAGUAGUCCAAGAACCUGGGGAAUUCAUUGUAGUUUUCCCUAAAGCUUUUACCUCCAGUAUUAGUACAGGUUAUGUCGUUUCUGAAAGUGUUUUCUUCGCUCCACCUUCUUGGUUGAAAACUGCUCAAGUUACAUUUGAUUUACUGAAAGAUAGUUGUGAGCCCUCAAUGUUCUCAUUAGAUAGAUUAUACUUAAGUAUUAUUAACGAUCCAAGAACAAAUGUUGAUGUUUUGAGACAGAUGAUUCCAAUAAUCUCUACUAUCUACUCCAAAGAAAAGCAAAAGAGAGAAAAACUUUGGUCUUUAGGGGUAAAUAUUAUUGAGGUUCUUCCUCCACCUGAAGCUUCUAACUCAAAAAGAAAGAAGAAAUCUCAAGAUGGAAGUGAUUAUGAAUGUGAACUAUGCAGAACAAAUCUAUUUAUUUCAUCAGUUAUUGAAAAACAAGAAAAUGCGAACUAUUGUCUAGAUCAUGCCAUUGAACAAAUUGAAAAAAAAUCUAUUCUGCCUAAUAACUGUAAACUUUUAUAUACAUAUAGUGAAAAUGAUCUUGAAGGAUUAAUUUCAAAAAUAAAUAUUUCCAUAGAACAGAAAUUGCAGAAGAAGGUUUUCAAUAAAUUUAGUGGAAUGCCAACUUUACUGAACAAGUAAAAUCUAAAUCUAAAUCAUUUUAAAGUAGAAAAUAUUAUAUUUUUAUAGUAAGUCAUGAUAUAAUUUAUUAUUGUUUAAUGUAUACAUUUUUCCUUUAUUAAGGAAUUUUAUAUUUUAUGUAAAUGGAAUUAAAUAUGUAUGUGAAUCAUCUUAGUUUUUAUUGAAUCUUUCAAAAUAAUAUAAAAUGAAUUGAUUUCAAAUUUAAUUCAAUUGCAAUCAGUUUUGAAUGUUCGUGGAUUAGAAUUUUUGCAAACAAAAGCCAAGAUAAAAAGUGUUUUCGGAGGACAUGAAAUGGGAGGAUAUGACAAUCUAAGUGUAUGUGAGAACCAAUUUAGGUUGGAUAAUCAUUAUUUACUCAUGUAUCAAUUAAAAAAAAAUCUGCAUUUUUGGCAGAAUAACGUAUGUUGAAGAAAAGUUAAAUUAAGAGUUAGAUAUAGAGAAAUUUUUACAGAUGAGGACUGUAUGUAAUGAAUUCUAAAUAAUGUUUGAAGUACCAAAACUUUUAAACUACAUAGUGAAUACAUUUUUUCGUAAUUAUUGCUUUUGAAAGGUGAAACUCUCAUUAUUUACAUAAGAUAGUAAAUAGUUGGAAUAUUAGGAACUUCAAGUCCAGAAAACUCUUUUUCAGUAACUUAGAUUUUAGUAAUGAAAUCAUCAUAACUCUCCUUUCGCAGCUUUGAAGAAAACGAAAAUCAAGAUAAAAAUAAAUAAGACGCC